AACUAUAAAUAAGACACGAUUUAAAAUACAUAGAUUAUAUACAUGGUAUAUUUUUAGAAUAAGACUGAAACUGAAAAAUCAGUUUGACACGUUAAUAGUCGAACAAUUAAUGUUGCAAAAGACAAAUUAUUUCAGCUUCGAAAUAAUUGUGAGCACUCACAAUUUCGGUAAGAGUGACCUGCAAUAAUAACAAUGCUAGAGGAGAGUGCUUUCGGUGACAAAAGAUAUAUACCUAUAGAAUGUAUUCUUACUUACUAAAAGAAUGACGCGAGAAGGUAGUAGAACGUCACGCAUCGUGAUAAUAUCACAUGGAAAUCUAACAAUGAAAGCGAAACCGUACUGCAAUUAUGUCGACGAUUUGUCAUAUCCACAAAGGGGUGGUACAGAACUAUAUAUGUCAGAAACAGAGUCUUAUUUUCACAGUUUCUAGUGAAAGCAUUACCGUAUGGACAUCUGCUAAGAGACGAAUUAUUUUUUUAAUUUAAUUUGUGAAUGAAUUAUUUCAGAUCAUUAACCCUCAAGAUGUCACAAGAUAAUUUAAAUAAUAUCAUAGUGGCCUUCAUAUUUUUGGCGGUCCAUGCGAAUUGUAUUCCCAAAUAUGACGACCGAGGUUUUAUACCAAGUUCGAUAGCUUACAUGGAAAAAAUUGGUAAGGCACAGGAUCAAGUGGCAAUGCCAUCCCAAGCCGAAAUUCGGACUGAUACAUCAAUGAAACACGAGGAAACUACGAUCAAUGAUAUCUCGGAUCGUAAUCAAGAAGCACGCUUUGGUUUCACUAAUAUUGGGAGUUCUGGUUCUGGUUACGCUAUAUCACCUUAUGCUCCAGCAAAAAUAGAUUUGGGUGGACUUCUCUUAGGUGCUAUUAUAGGAGUCGGUUCCAUUCUCAUCAUUCCAAAAUUAUUAUACGUUCUAUCGGGUACCUACGGAAAUUAUGCGAGAAGCGAAGAAAAUGGUUUCGCACAAUCGAUGACAAAAUUGGACGACGCAUUGGCUCGUCACGGUAUAGAUACAACAUCUUGUAUGCAACGAGCUGUUUGUACUUAUUCUCAACAAGCUGCUGCAGCUGUAAAAGUAGCCGACGAGGAGAACGAGGAUGAAAAGAUAUCUUCUUUCGAUAGAAUGAUAGAUGCGAUAACUACCAAUCAAGUUUUUCGAACAGCCAUGCAAGGGACGGCGAUACAAGAGGCAGUAGAAGCAGGUCAUUCUGGUAAAAAUUGUUCAUAUUCUUAUCCCCAUUGUGGUUUCUCUUUGGAAACAAUGCUAUCGCUCUUAUCAAACAUUAUAACGGCUAUAUCGACGGCGAAUGCACGAGCUGCGUCAUCUACAACAUCUCCGUUGCUAUAAUUAUCUUAUCAUUAGUUAAAUAAAUAUAAUAUCUUUAUUUCUUAAGCUUAUUUGUAUUUGCAACGUCGAAGAGGAAGAAGAAGAAAAAAGAAAGAAAAAAAGAAAAAAGAAAAAAAAAGAAAAAAAAAGGAAAAAAAGAAAAAGAAAAGAAGAAACAACAUAUUUAUUUUCGUUUUCUCAACUCUAUCGAUUGAUCUCAAUCCAAGUUUUUAUUUUCCUUUUAUCAUGUGUAUAUAUAUAUAUAUAUUUAUAUACAUAUAUACAUAUGGAGAAAUUGUAUACAUAUAGUAAAGACGAAAUAUUUUCCUGCCAUGAUAUCGUAUAAAGAACUAUAACUCUUUUCGUGCAUUGAUUUGUGCACUAUAAAUACUCCCUUUUUCUUUGGACAUGAAAAAACUCAAUAUCAUUCGGACAAGAAAAAUAGAGUCGACUAGAGAAUUUAUGAAUUUGAGAAAUACAUAUUAAAAAUACAUAUUAUACAUGA